AUGGCGCAGAAAGAAAAAACAGUAGAGGAAAUAUACCAGAAGAAAACUCCAAUAGAGCAUGUUCUCCUGCGGCCAGAUACAUAUAUUGGCUCUGUACAGCCUGAGACAAGAAAUAUGUAUGUUUGGUGUGCAGAAACAAUGAAAAUGGUGAGGAAGGAAGUGACAUACACACCAGGACUCUACAAAAUAUUUGAUGAGAUAUUGGUGAAUGCAGCAGACAACAAGACCAGAGACAAGCGCAUGAGUGAGAUAAGAAUUGAGGUGGACAGAAAAACUUCAACAAUAUCUGUGUGUAAUGAUGGACAGGGAAUACCUGUAGUAAUACACGCAAAGGAGAAUGUGUACGUACCAGAGCUGAUUUUUGGGCAUCUUCUGACUUCGUCUAACUAUGAUGAUGCAGAGAAGAAAAUGACUGGAGGAAGAAAUGGGUACGGAGCAAAGCUGUGCAAUAUUUUCAGCACAAGGUUUGUAAUAGAGACAGCUGAUAAGAAGAACAAAAGGAUGUUCAGGCAAGUGUACACAAAUAACAUGCUGAGCAAGGAAGAGCCAGAGAUCACGCCAUUCAGUGGGGCAGAGUACACGAAAGUUACAUUCCAGCCAGAUCUUGCUAAGUUUGGCAUGAAAAGAAUAGACGAUGACUUUAUGUCUAUGAUUAUGAAGAGAGUCUACGACCUGGCAGGAACUGUGGCAGGAAUAACUGUGUACUACAACGGGGAGAAGAUAGGCGUAAGCAACUUUAAGGAGUACAUUCGGCUGUUCUUUGACAGCGAUGUUGAGAUAGCAUAUGAGUCAAAGGACCGGUGGGAGGUCGCGUAUGUCCUAGGGGACGAGCAGUUUCAGCACGUCAGCUUUGUGAACAGAAUUUCCACACCAAGAGGAGGUACGCAUGUGAACUACAUUGCAGACCAGAUUGUGGCAGCAGUUGUGGAGCAGACCAAGAAGGUUGAAAAAGGCCUUGUGGUUCGCCCUGUCCAGGUAAAGGCUAACAUAUUCCUGUUUCUGAACUGUCUCAUCGAAAACCCUGCAUUUGACUCGCAGACAAAGGAAACUCUCACUCUGAAGCAGUCUUCGUUCGGGUCAAAGCACGUGCUAGGAAGCAGGUUUAUAGCGGACAUCAUGAAAAGUGGGAUUGUAGAGAAGUCAGCCUACGCUGCAAGGGCCAAACAGACACAGCAGCUGAAGAAGACAGAUGGACACAAGACAUCCAAGCUAAGAGGAAUUCCUAAACUAGAUGAUGCAAAUAACGCAGGAACCAGGUUUGCAUCACAGUGCACUCUAAUACUAACGGAAGGAGACUCUGCCAAGUCCCUGGCUGUCUCAGGGCUCUCUGUCAUUGGCAGAGACAACUACGGAGUGUUUCCCUUGCGAGGUAAACUUCUGAAUGUAAGAGAGGCAACGCACAAGCAGCUCAUGGAGAAUAUUGAGAUAAAUAAUAUCAAGAAGAUCAUGGGUCUGCAGCAUGGAAAGGAAUAUGCUACAACGGAGAGUCUGAGGUAUGGGCACAUAAUGAUCAUGACGGAUCAGGAUCACGAUGGAAGUCACAUCAAAGGGCUUAUCAUAAAUAUGAUAGACCACUUCUUCCCAUCCCUUCUGAGAAUCAAAGGCUUCCUACAGGAGUUUAUCACUCCAAUUGUAAGAGCCACUAAAGGAUCAAUGUCUAGAGACUUUUUCACUAUCCCAGAAUUUGAGUCCUGGACAGAGACUGCAGAGGGAAGGGAAAAUGGAUGGAGAGUGAAGUACUACAAGGGUCUGGGUACAAGUACCGCUAAAGACGCAAAGGACUAUUUCUCAAAUCUGGACUUCCACAUUAAGGAGUUUAACACAGUGGACUCUGUGGACAGAGACAAGAUUGAGCUGGCAUUCAGUAAGAAGAGAGUUGAGUCAAGAAAGGUCUGGCUUAAGGAGUUUGUUCCAGGGACGUACUUGGACAACCGGGUGCAAGCCAUCUCGAUAAAGAACUUCAUUGACAGAGAGCUAAUCCACUUCUCCCUGGCAGACAACAUUAGGUCUAUUCCAAACAUGAUUGAUGGGAUGAAGCCUGGGCAGAGAAAGAUCAUUUUCUGUUGCUUUAAGAGGCAGCUUAGAACAGAGAUAAAGGUAGCACAGCUGGCGGGUUAUGUCUCAGAGCACUCGGCAUACCACCAUGGAGAGCAGAGCUUGUGCUCAACAAUUGUCAAUCUGGCACAGGACUAUGUUGGAUCAAACAACAUACCUUUGCUGCAGCCAAUUGGACAGUUUGGAACACGUCUUCAGGGUGGAAAGGACGCAGCCAGUCCAAGAUACAUCUUCACAGCACUGCAGCCAAUCACCAGGUAUCUUUUCAGAGAGGAAGACGACAAUCUUCUCAACUACCUAAAGGACGACAAUCUUAUGGUUGAGCCUGAUAUGUACGUUCCCAUUAUCCCAAUGGUCUUGGUGAAUGGAUCAGACGGAAUUGGAACUGGCUGGAGUACAUGCAUUCCACCGUACAAUCCAAUUGAGAUUGUGGAUAAUGUGAAGAGGAUGAUAAUGGGUAAGGAGCCCAAGGAAAUGAUUCCCUGGUACAAAGGGUUUGUGGGAGAGUGCGAUGAUCUGGGCAGUGGAAAGUACAGAACAAUAGGUGCGUUUGAGCAGGAAAAGGACAAGAUAAGUAUACUAGAGCUUCCUGUUGGCGUCUGGACACAGAACUACAAAGACUUCCUGGAAACACUAAUUGAGUCUGGGGACAUAAAAGACUUCAGAGAGUACAACACGGAUACAAGAGUUAACUUUGAGGUAGUAGUAAGCACCAAGCACAAGAUAAAUGUGCCCAAGGUGUUCAAGCUAAGCAACCAGAUUUCCAUAGCAAACAUGGUCGCAUUCAACAGCAAAGGUGUUCUGCAGAAGUAUGCAAGCACAACAGAAAUACUGAAGGAGUUCUUUAUAGUGCGAAGAGACCUGUAUGUUAGAAGAAAAGACUUUUUACUGAAAAAGCUGCUGACAGAAACCACCAUCCUGGAAAACAAGGUGCGUUUCAUCAAGGAAGUUGUGGCUGAUACCUUGAAGAUUCUGAAAAGAAAGUCUUCUGAUGUCAUCAACGAUCUUACUGCAAAGGACUACCAUAAAAAAGACAAUUCAUACGACUAUCUCCUGACCAUGCAAAUUGCAUCACUGACAACAGAAAGAAUGGAGAAGCUGGAGAACGAGGCUGCUGGAAAGAGAAGCGAGUACAUAAGGCUUAAGGCUGUGUCCAUUGAGGACAUGUGGCUUGCUGAUUUGGAUGAGUUCUUAGGGAAGCUUGACCUAACUGUAAAGGAUGACGCCCCAGGCCCAAGAAAGAAGGGAAGAAAGAUGAAGAAUAAGGGCACAGAGAGCACAAAAGGUAACUCGCAGACUGCAAAGGCCACAUCCACAAAAGCAAAGAAGGAAAAGAUAUCGAUUCUGGACAGUGACAGCGACAUGUCCCACACCACAGUAGCAGACAGCCCAAGGACCCCGCCUGCCUCACUUAAAUCCAAGAAAUCUGGUAGAGAAGCAGAACCACCCAGACAUGUAUCCAAGCCAUGGGAAAAGGUAAUCUCAACAACAGAUGAGGAUGAAUAG